ACCAUAUGGUGGGACAUAACAAAUAUGGAGAAAGUCAGUGCAGAAUGAUCCUCCAUCUCUGUGUGGAUCAGCUCCUCCCCCAUGCGUGCAGAGCUUCAUUUGAUCAAAUCCUUCAAGUUGGACCACUUUUCUUUUUUCAACACUGCAUUUGAGCAACGCCACAACUUGCGCAGCACUUCCUCUUCCACAGCCGAGCGGCAGUUUUCUCCCCGAAAAGGCGAAGGGAAGAGUGAGGCAAAGAGCUUCUUGCAUCUUCAGCAUCCUUCUCUGCCUCCAGCGAUGGAGAGUGAGGUCAUAUUUUCCCCAAAGUGGCACAGUUCCUUCAGGCUUUUCGUUUUUAUGGUCUUCUGUUUCUUUCGUGUUGCCAAAGCAGAGAUAACAUGCAGGUCGUGCCAACCUGGAAAUAAAUGGCGUGCACAGGAAUUACUGCUGAAAUUCGACACAAGUGAGUACCCAACUGGAUUAAAGAGAGAAGUUUUUGAACACGGCGACGGGGCGGUGAGAUCCGCGGCUGCAGGUGCGGAAAGUCGGCUGCUCCGUUGCGCUGCUGGUUCCGCCGAAUGCGCUCCAGACAUUCGGGUGGAAUCCGCGGAGCAAACGCUGGCUCGGAGCACAGAGAACCAGGACGCGGGGGGGAGCAGCGGCGAGAGCAAGUUCGCAAAGGUGAAAGUUUCCAAUGUCGAAAUGAGUGGCGACCAGAAGACCAGACCCGGGGCCAGCCGCUACAGAAAGAACAGUGACAAUGACGACGAUGAUGACAAAAGCAGACCCGCCGGUAGAAAGCCGAGAGAAGACAGGCGCCCUGCGCCCGGGCGGCGUAGGGUGGCCCGCUCUGACUCGCGCUGGAGAGGCGCCGGUUCGAGGCAAGAGGAGCAGAAACUCAACAGUUCAACCUUCGCCUUGACCGGGGAUUCGUCUCACAACCAGGCCAUGGUGCACUGGUCCGGCCACAACAGCAGCGUGAUUUUGAUGCUGACCAAACUCUUUGACUUCAACCUCAACAGUGUGACUGAAAGUUCAUUAUGGAGGUCAACUGACUAUGGAGCAACGUACCAGAAGCUGAAUGACAAAGUGGGAUCGAAGACAAUACUCAGCUAUUUAUACGUGAGCCCCAACAACAAGAGAAAGAUCAUGCUGCUGACUGAUCCGGAGGUGGAGAGCAGCCUCCUAAUCAGCUCUGAUGAAGGGGCUACCUACCAGAAGUACCGGCUGAGCUUCUACAUCCUAAGCCUACUCUUCCACCCAGAGCAGGAGGACUGGAUUCUGGCCUAUAGCCACGACCAAAAGCUCUACAGCUCGGUGGAAUUUGGAAGAAGGUGGCAAGUGGUGCACGAGAGAGUUGCCCCCAACCGGUUCUACUGGUCCAAAAUGGGUUUGGAUAAGGAGCCAGGCUUAAUUCACUUGGAAGCAAGCGUUUCUGAAGGACAGGCGCUGUAUGUCACCUGCAAGCUGCAGAACUGCACGGAUGCCAACAAGGGCAAACCCUUCCCAGGCUACAUUGACCCCAAUUCUCUGGUUGUGCAAGAUGAGUAUGUGUUUGUCCAGGUGUCAACGGCCGGGAGGCCGAUCUACUAUGUGUCUGCUAAGAGGGAUGUCUUUACCCCAAUGAAGCUGCCCAAGUACACCCUGCCCAAGGACCUGCAUGUGAUCAGUACGGAUGAAAACCGAGUGGUGGCAGCGGUUCAGGAGUGGAACCAGAAUGAAACAUACAACCUGUACGUGUCCGACACGUCUGGGGUGUACUAUACUCUGGCUUUGGAGUAUGUGGUCAGCAGCAUGGGUCCCGAGGGCAACGUCAUGGUUGACCUCUACGAGGUAGCAGGAAUAAAGGGGAUGUUCCUCGCCAACAAAAAGACGGAUAACCAAGUAAAGACGCACAUCACCUACAACAGAGGCAGAGACUGGAGUUUACUGCAGGCACCGAGCAAAGACCUGAGGGGCAACAGCAUUCACUGCGUGCUACCAUACUGCUCACUACAUCUCCAUCUCCACGUGUCGGCAAAUCCUUACACAUCUGGAAACAUAGCUAGCCGGGACACAGCACCGGGGCUCAUUGUAGCAUCAGGCUCCAUCGGCUCAGAGCUGACCAGCACCAACGUCAGUGUGUUCGUCGCCUCGGAUGCAGGAAACACAUGGAGACAGAUCUUUAACGAGGAGUAUGCAUUGCUGUAUCUCGACCAAGGAGGAGCCUUAGUCGCAAUAAGACACACUCCGCUUCCCAUCCGACACCUGUGGUUGAGCUUUGACGAAGGACGCCAGUGGAACAAGUACAGCUUCACCAACACACCUCUGUUUGUAGACGGGGUGCUGGGAGAGCCUGGGGAGGAGACUCUAAUCAUGACGAUAUUCGGCCAUGUAAGUCAUCGGUCAGAGUGGCAGCUGGUGAAAAUAGACUUCAGGUCCAUCUUCAAUAGGAGGUGUACGGAGGCGGACUAUCAGACGUGGCACCUACACAACCAGGGUGAGCCGUGUCUCAUGGGAGUGAAAAGAAUCUACCGAAAGCUGAAGCCUACGUCCAGGUGCGUUAUGGGAAAGACGUACUCUGUUUCGAUGACAUCGGGCCCCUGUGAUUGUACAGAGGCUGACUUUGAAUGUGAUUAUGGCUACGAGAGACGAACCAAUGGAAAGUGCACCCCUGCCUUUUGGUUCCAUCCAUCAACAAUGUCCAGGAGUUGCACCACAGGGAUGACAUUCCUGAACAGCACCGGCUACAGGAAGUUGGUCUCUAAUAACUGCACAGCUGGAGUCAGUGUGGAGUACAAAGCCAAGAGGCAGCAGUGUCCUAUCCAAGCCCCCAAAGGUCUCCACCUGGUCACCAGAGAGGGAACGCUGACAGCCACACUGGGCACCAACAUCACCUUUCUUGUCUUUUUGGAGGAGGGCGACGGAGCGAGGACAAGCAUCACGCUGGACUUUGGAGACGGCCAGGCUCUGACAUACUCCAACGUGAGCUCCAUCGAGGACGGAAUCAAACACAUCUACAAGGCUGUGGGAAUCUACCGGGUGACUGCCACCGGGGAGAACAGCCUCGGCUCAGAGGCUGUCACGCUCUACCUGCACGUAACAUGUCAGCUGGAGUACAUCCAUCUCUCGGCUCCCUUUGUGGCCGUGAGGAAUAAGGAAGUGAACCUGACUGCUGUCCUGUGGCCCAGCCAAGUGGGAACAGUCACCUACAUCUGGUGGAUUGGAAACACGGAGCAGCCAGUAAUCACCCUGGAGGGUAGCAUGGCGUGCACGUUCCCCCGGGAAGGCGUAAGUACAGUCACAGUGCAGGUGUCUGCAGGGAGUACUGUUCUGCAGGACCGAAAAAACAUCGCCAUCCAUGAAUAUUUCCGCUCUCAUCUGCUUGCCUUUUCACCAAACCUGGACGACCACAACCCUGAUAUUGCAGAAUGGAGGCUGGAUGUGAGCAGAGUCAUCAAGAACGCUCUGAUCCAGGCCACAGGAGUAAGAGAGAACCAGCUGCUGGUCACCCUCCUCCCAGGUCUCCCCACAGCAGCAGAGUUCUUUCUUCUCCCGGACAAGCAGCUAACUGAAGGAAAAGCAGAGAAGGGCUCUGCUCGUUUGGAUCAGCUCUCAGAGGUUCUGCUCAGCGCCUUAAAUCAAAACCUUGUCCAGUUCAUGUUGCGGCCGGGGGUGCAAGUCACCGUGUACGCAGCACACCUAUCAGCAGCGCCUCUAGUGGACACCGGCGAGAACCACAGUGGCUCUGCCAUGCUAAUGCUGUUAUCAGUGGCGGUCGUAGGUUUAGCUGUAUUUGUCAUCUACAAAUUCAAGAGGAAGAUCCCAGGCCUCAACGUCUAUGCGCAGAUGCAGAACGAAAAAGAACAAGAAAUGAUGAGUCCAGCUAAUCCAACAGAGGGCACAGCCAGCUCGCAGCGGGAGUUGGUGCAUUCUUUGGAGGAUCUGGACUCAGAGUUGAACUCCCGGCCCAUAGAAAUGGGGUCCGGUCAUGGGGUGAAUGACAGCUAAGCACAAAUGAGGUGUAUAAAACCUCAUGCACACGUGAAAUUCUCCACAGAACUCCCUACGUACGUCGUCUAAGCUCUGGACUGGAUUACCACUCCAGCUGCAUCUUUUUUAUCAUUUGGGACAUAAUGGUUUUGAGCUUUAUACCUGUGCAUGUUGGACCUUGCUGACACAUCCUGUGCUCUGUUCAACCCAGAAGAAACUGUAUACAGGUUUUGAUUUUCUUUCAACAUAUGUGCCAUAAUCCAUACAAUUUAGAUAUAUUUCAGGGGAAACACCAGCAUGAUAUAUAGAAGGUAAAAAAUAGAAUAACCACAUGGUUUUGCCUCAUAUUCAGAGAUCAGCAAUAGUGUAUUAUUUAUUCAUAUGAAUAUACUCAAGUAUGUUAUCAAAGUGAAUUAGACAUUUAUUUUGUAAAUCAUGAAUGUCUGUUAUAAAUUUGUGUACUUUAUUAACAAAUGUCAUACUAAACAGAAAAGCUGUUAUGAAAUGUGAAUAGGGUACUUCAAAGCUUUUUGUCCAUUGUUUCAUGGAAAGCUGAUUAAUGGCACAAUACACAUUUUCUACUGACGUUUCCUUUUUUUCAGGGUUUAAAUUAUUAACAGAAAUACUGUUUGGUUUUCUGUAUAAAUAUAACCUUUCAUGUUAAUAUAAAGCUUCUGGUACUAUUCGUAAUACAAACAAAUUUCUAAAAUGUUUUGUGCUUUAGAAUUAGUGACCACUCAAUGGCUAUGAUGCUACACUGCACCUUCAGGCUGCAAGUGAUCACCUACUAGUAUUAAACCAUUCAGGAAAUGGAGGGCGAAACAGGAGUAACGGGAGAAAAGAAUUCCUAAAUUAUCCGCAGCCCCCUCCCCCUCCUCCCUCCACCCUCCACCCCUCCCCCCCGAUCAAAGCCAACGCCCCUUCUGAAGGCAGAGUAGAAAUAGAGAGACGGAGGCGUAAAGAGCUUAUUGGGACCAAGACACAUUGAGAGCGUGCUAUUGGACGGAAUAAGAAGAAGUUCUUGAAUAUGUAAUGUGCCCAGCCAAGCUCAAGGCUUGGUGACACAUUCAGGCUAAUGUCCCGACCCGCUCUUGAGUAGCAGCCAUCUUCACCCUAGCUCAUUAAAUCCCAGUGUAGAAGCAGGAGAAGUAGAGCGCAGAUGCUACCAUGCUACACUGUCCAGCCCGUCGGUACUUUGUGCACUAAAUCUGACAGAAGUAACUGCCCGAUUAAUGCCUUUCAAACCGCUUUAGUUUUCCCUCUUUUUGCUCUAUAGAGAUGUGCCUAUAGAGAUGGUGUGGUUUUGUCAUCCGCGGAUGCGCUUUCCUACAAGUGUUCAGUUGUGGUUGUAGAGACUUUUCCCCAGGAGAGAAACCCACAACACAAUCAAUAGAGAAUGUAACUAGGGUCUUUACAGAGUACUAAUGUAGAGACACUUGCAGCACACACUGGCAGCUUUUCCUCCACUGAACACAAUGCCAAGGGAAGAGAAGUAUACAGCAAUUGAAUUUAGAUGGGAUGCAAGUGAAUUACCUCAUGAGAUGUAAGGGGAUAUCAGGGGAGGACAGACUUCCCAUUAAUGAAAUAAUAUCAAGGGUUGCAAGUUUAAAAAGAAAUCCAAUGAGGGUGUUCCCUGGUCGCUCCACAGUGGAAAUACUUCAAGAAACUCGUGGAAUGUUUACCUGUUCAAACCAGUGCAUCACGUAAAUCGUUGAGUGGAAUGUUGCUUAAUGUACAAGAUUGGACAAUCAACGGAGGAAAGUGGGCCAGGACCUCAGGAGCUUGAAGACUGUGUUCAUUUUGAAUAAAUUAGUUGACUAAACAAAUCAAUUUGGGUUCGAAUGAGUAGACCCGAGUAUAAUGAGUUUUUUAAUUCUGUAAAUCAGUCAUUAUUAUUAUUAUUUGUUCAUAUCAAGAAAAGAAGCAGGUGCUCUUAACGUCCGCCAUGUUUCUACAGUUGCAGAGCCAGAUGAGUAGGGGCCCACCCCCACUGCUGAAGAAAAGCGCUAUUGCUUGUCUGCCCAAUGUUUAUUGAUAGCGAUAGGUCGCAUUGAGCCAACUUCAGCGCCGCUCCUCCUUGGGUCCCCAGCAAUACACUAAGUGUGAAGGAGAUCAGAUGAAUGGUUCCCAAGAUGCACACUCACUGACACUUGUGGACAUAAAUUUUAGCACUUGAGGGGCGUCCGGCAUCGAAUUUAACAGCUGGAGGGAGACAUGUUGUUGCCUAAAACCUCAUACCCAAGGAACCCAAAAUGUCAUUUGCCAGACCGAUCAGGAGGUCUGUGAUGAUAAGAGCCCCCUCUGACCCUGCUUCUCACGGGGAAAGUACAGUUCACCUCCUGGUUAGUGGGAGCUGUGAUGUGACGGCACCUGAAAGCUGAAUGUAGAUGUGGACUAGCUUUGAUCUACUCUUUUUUUCCUCUUCCUCCCUCAGUCAUUCUCCCUAACUCCUUCCUCCUGCAGAAUUAGCAAGAUUAUUAUUUUUUUAGACAAAUAUUUAUAAAAUAUUAAAAAAAAGUUUUAUUACUGUACAGCUUUUGUAUAAGAACAGACGGUGUUGCAAUGUUUUUGUUUGAUCUCAACUGUGCUUUGUGUAAUUGUUUAAGGAAUUUCGAAUCAUAUUUAUUAAAUGGAAAGACGUCUGUUAA